AUGAUUACGCAAACCACUCUGCCAACACCACAGACGCCACUGCUGCAGGAAGCUGCGUCAUUCAAGAACGAGUUUAGAGGGCAACAGGUUGCUGCUGAUGGCCUUGAGCAUGAUCCGCCUGAAAGAUGUUCAAUGAACAGUUCCCAAGGGGCCAUCGUUGAGGAUGGCUCGGACGACCUCUACGCCAGGUUAUCACAGCUGCACUCAUCGACUCUACGAAACUGCAGUCUGUCAGGGAUGCACGCUAUCUAUCUUGGUGAGUCGUUUUUACUCACGUAUGUGGUUCGCAGCACUCUUGAUGCAGAAACCGCACCAUGGCCCGUUUCCACCUUGCAGCUACCCUUGCCAACAGCAGCCAGCAACAAACCUGGCAGGCUUACGCCAGAUUCACAUUUAAAUGCAGAAGAUCUGGAGGUCUUGCAACUGAGGUCAGCUUUCACGUUACCCGAGCAGGAGGCCUCCGAUGCACUCGUGAAAACAUUCUUUGACGCCGUCUAUCCGGCCUUUCCGAUCUUCGACAGACGAGAUUUUGCGGUGCUAUAUGAAACAAACCAGAUCUCAUUGCUCAUCUUGAAUGCAAUAUUCGCGAUAGCAAGCACUCUGUGUGAUGCAGAGGUGAUCAGAAAGGCCGGCUUUGAGAGUCGGCGGUCGGCUCGGAAGACGUUCAUCAAACGGGCCAAGGCGUUGUAUGAUGCAGACUACGACAGGGAUAAGGUCGUUUUAAUCCAAGCGACUUUCAUUCUCAGCUUUCUCUGGGAAGGGCCUAACGAGGAGAAAGACAUGUGGCACUGGCUGGGCAUCGCGAUCAGCAUUGCUCAGGGGAAAGGAUUGCACAGAUCGUGA